UCUGGACUGGGCCAGAGGCCGUCGUAGCUUUAACCAGUCAGCCCAGACUGGUUAAAGUCAGGGCCCCACCCCAGGCUGGACUCGGGGCAGGGAGGACGCAAGACCAUGGAGGGGAAAAUGCAGCCUGUGCUGUGGAUGCUCUGUGCAGUCUGGGUGACUGUCCACGCCAUCUAUGUGGAAACCCCAAAGGAUGUUCUUCGGGCUGCUCGGGGAAAGAGCGUUACCCUUCCAUGCACCUACCAAUCUUCCUCCCUCAACCGAGAAGGAUUUAUCCAAUGGGACAAGCUUCUAAGGAGUCAUACGGAAAGGGUGCUCAUCUGGACAUUUUUGACCAAAACCUACAUCUACGGUGAACUUUAUGAGAACCGUGUCAAUGUAUCGAGCAACGUCAAGCAGUCAGACGCCUCCAUCACCAUUGACCGGUUGACCAUGGAUGACAACGGCACGUACGAGUGCUCCGUCUCGCUGCUCUCGGACCUGGAUGGCGUCUCCAAGUCACGCGUCCGCCUCUUGGUCCUGGUGCCACCCUCCAAGCCAGACUGCAGCAUCGAGGGAGACACUGUGAUUGGGAACAACAUCCAGCUGACCUGCCAAUCAAAGGAGGGCUCCCCAGCCCCUCAGUACAGCUGGAGAAGUUAUGAUGUCCUGCACCAGGAGCGUCAAGUCGCACCAGUCACAGGACAGAUCUUCUCUCUGAAGAACAUCUCCACAGAAAUGUCGGGUUACUACAUCUGCACCUCCAGCAAUGAUGUAGGGACGGAGUCCUGCAACAUCACUGUGGCUGUCAGACCUCCCUCCAUGAAUGUGGCCCUGUACGCGGGCAUCGCGGGGGGCGUGGCCGCGGCGCUCAUCAUCAUCGGCAUCGUCGUCUACUGCUGCUGCUGCCGGGAGACCGGCAAGGCUGAGGAUGCGGAGGUCACGCGGUCGAAUCGGGCGGGCUACCAGGAGCCGCCAGAGCAGCUGACAGAGCUUUCCAGAAGACAGGAAGAGGAGGGCGAGGAUGACUACAGGAAUGAAGACCAGAGGGAGCCCAGCCGAGAGUCCCUUGACCAGGCUGGCCGAUGACCAGGGCCUGCUGCAGGAUGGGGUCAGGGGGAGCAUUAGGGGGUCAUGCCCCUGCCUCCAUGCCUCCCCUCUCCUUUCCAAGCCCCACUUUCCUGACCCUCCGUCCCAGUCAUUGAUGGGAUGCUUCUUCCCCCAUGUUGGCUGCUGGAGGACUUGGCUUGGCCUGGACAAGAUCUCACUUGUGACUGAGCUUGUCAAGGGCCCUCACCUUCGAAGCUGCCCUCGCACUGCUGCGCCCGGCCCAGGGCCCCACCCUCACCCUGGACCAGGCGGCAGCCUCCACCUCCCCAAGGUGCUCCUGCUGCAUGGGGGCGACACCAGCCUCGGGAGAGCCGGAGUGGCCCUCUCCACCUGUGUGCCUAGCACCCAGGGCAACGACUCCUGGCAGAGGUUUUGUGCACAAUACAUUUUUGUUGAAUGAAUGAAAGAAUAAAUGAGUAUGUAAAGGAGUCCCUUCAUUCAU